AUGGAUUUUAAGACGCUCAAAAACAAAGGCAAGCUCAUUCUGAAAAAGCGAGACAAGCUGACCGAAGACGUGGUUAAUCGUUAUACAUAUGAGGAAGCUCAACUUCAGUUAAACCUACUGGAAGAUGCUUUCAGGAAGUACAACGAAGCCUACGAUUUGAAAGUAGUGGAAGCCAACGACGAGGAGAUCGACAAGCUUAUAGAGGAUUUAGAAACGGUCAGUGACUACUAUAUUAAAGCUAAGGGUAAAUUAACACGUCGGUUACAUGAACGGACAGCUACGACAAGCGUGUCUGAAAAAAGUGAAAACUCGAAUAAUACACUUAGACUGCCACCGAUCAAUAUACCCACGUUCGAAGGGGAUCUCGAUGAUUGGUAUCCAUUUAAAGAUCAAUUUAUCUCUAUCAUUCAUUCUAACACCUCUAUCGACAACACACGUAAAAUGUACUACCUCAAGUCGAGCUUGAAAGGUUCAGCAGCUCAAAUCAUUGAAUCGAUGGCAACUAGCCAUGUUCAACAACUACUGACACAAACCGUUCAUCAAACGGAAACCACCGUGGGUCUAAAGUCAUUACUUGACGGCACAAACAAACAUUUAAGAGCACUCUCAGUACUACAUCAACCGGUAGACAAGUGGGAUGCUAUCAUCAUCGACAUCGUUGCGACACGUUUGCCAACAGAGGUAAGAAGAUGUUGGGAAGUCGAGUCUGCGUCUUAUCCUGAAAUACCUACAUGGACAAAACUUAAGAGAUUUAUCGAGAAUCGAUUACAAGCCUUGAAUAUGUUACAAUACAAACCAAGCACUGUAAGUAAUGUUAUCAAUGCUGGUAAAACAAAACAGUUCGUUAGAACUACAGCACAUUUGGCGACUGAUAGUCAAAUCAACAAUCAGUGUUCAAUAUGUACACAGAACCACAUCAUUUACAAGUGCAAUACGUUUAUGAAAUCAAAACCCAGUGAACGAUUGAAUUUAGCAAAAAAGGCAAAAAUAUGUUUUAAUUGUUUGCGCUCAACACAUGGUGCAAAUCAAUGCACAAAUGAAAAGACUUGUAAAAACUGUGGUCUAAAACACCAUACACUAUUACAUCUGGACAUAAAAAAGGUCAAUACACCAGAGGGAGCGGCAUACCCCACCACAUCUCAGAACGUCAUAUUAUCAACAGUAUUAGUACAUGUGAGUGGCAAGAAUGGCCGAACAGUGUUAUGCCGAGCACUACUAGAUUCUGGAUCACAAUCACAUUUUGUCACAUCGUCUUUGAUAACAGAACUAGGUAUUAACAGAACAAAAACACGUGUGAUCGUCAACGGUAUCUCUUCAGCAGAGACAACUGUUACCGAGAUGGCCGAAUGCACAGUGACGUCACGCUUAAAUCACAAACAGUAUCAAAUUACUGGCUUGGUAACACCACGUAUUACUGUUAACUUACCUGUCGAAAAACUGGACAUAUCAAACUGGCAUCACUUACAAGGCAUAAAAUUGGCCGACCCCACGUUUGAUUUACCAGGAAAAAUUAACAUGCUCAUAGGAGCUGGAUUCUUUUAUGACAUUCUACAAGAUGGCAAACAUGUUGGACCAAAAGGUACUCCUAUAUUACAGAAUUCAAGGUUUGGUUGGAUCGUGGCGGGUUACAGUAACAACAUAAUUAUUAUUAUUUCGUAUGGCUUAGGUAUAACAUUCACGGUUUAA